UAUAUUUCAGCGGUUCGUUAGCACGGCAAAUGCAGCGGUGACGAGGACUCCAUCAGCCGCUUAGUCGUCUCGCCGCUUUGUCGGUGCAUCUUAGUGUUAUCAGGUGGUGAGGCUCCAUUCUCACCGUAGUGGACAGCUUUGCACCAUUGUGGGAAAUGGGAGACAAAUCGAGAGACACCAUUCAUGACGUAAUGCACUCAAGGUUCCAAACGGCACAGAUUCUGAGACACAAAUAUCAGGAGAUGUUCUCUAAGCUCUUCUAUCAACAUGGCUUGUUUUGUGCUAGCCAUCCUUACUGGGUUAUCUUUAUUUCAGGAAUUUUCAUCAUAACCUUUAGUUUUCCUGCAUUCAGUGUUUUGCAUCUGGGUAUCAUUAGUGCUGCUCCUCUUGAGUACAAGUCAUUACUCAAUGCAUCUAUGAGCACUGUCUCUGUUCCUGUGGCAUCACACAACCAUCCUCCAGUAUGGUUAUCUGAAAAACCUUUGGUUACCAUCCAGCAAGUUGUGUUUAUAACCAGGGAAUCAAGCAAACAACAUUCAUCAAACUUCCACUAUUUUCAGUCAGCCUUUUUUCUUAGGGAUUUACUGAGUCAAUUCUCAUUUAGGAAUCAAUCAGAUCAAGCUUUCACAUGGAGAGAUGUGUGCUUGAAUGGACCAAACAUUCUUUCAUCAUUGUCUUGCACAGAUAGUACAUCUGACAAAGAUAUUCCCAUUACAGAUGAAUGUCUUUAUCUUGGACCAGAUUUACUUUGGCAAAGGAAUUCUUCAAGAUUCUGGCAAGAUAAUAACAAAGUGAAUACCAUAGCUCAAGUUCUGAAGUCACUCAAUUGUUUGCAAAAGUCUGUUGUCCAAGAUCUCAUACUUGGAGGUUCAUAUUCGUAUAUGAAUUUGAAUAGACAAAACAAAGCAUAUGCUUCAACUUUAUUUCUUAACAGUUCAUUGAUAGGUGAUGGAAACACUUUCAGACUGUCUUUGGAGGCGGAGAUUUUGAACAGUGAAUUGUAUGCAAUAAGUGCAAGCAAUGAGACAGUGCACUUCUUUUACACUGGAUCAUUUGCUAGUGUGGCUGAAGUUGUGUUUAUUGUUGUUCUCUAUGUUUUUGUUCUUUUGUACAUCACAUUCUCUGUUGGAAAGAUCGAGAUGGUGAAGUCAAAAUGGGGCCUUGGCCUCACUGCUGUAAUUACAAUGCUCUCCUCUUUUACUGUGUCGCUGGGUGUUUGUGUCAAAUUCAGGAAGAUGCCAACUCUUAAUAGCGGGGAGGUGUUUCCAUAUCUAGUCGUUUUGAUAGGCCUGGAAAACAUCUUGGUGUUGGUCAAGGCUGUAAUAUCAACACCCAAACAUUUGGAUGUUAACAGGAGAAUAGCAAAAGGUACAGUGACAGCUUUACUUGUUAAGGGAAUGCUGUCAACGUGCACAAGCCAAGUCUGGAGUGAUGCCAUUUGCAUCUUCAAGAAAUCAUAUGUGCCGAAUCAUGCUCAUGAUGAACCUUACUACACAGUGCUGUUUUAUGAAUUUGGAUCAGUAUUGGGAAAGUGUUACCAUACUGAUGCGAUUAAUACCCCACUCUCCAUUGUUGGUUAG